UCAAGCGAUCCGCUCCAUUUUCAGCGUAAAACAAGCGAAAACAAGUGAAAAACUCGAGAUGAAGCGUGCAAAGCCGUCGUACUUGGAAGCCCCGGAAAACAGCGUUGAUCGCCUACGCCGACCGCGGCCCACUAAAGGCACCAGCUGGGACUCGUUGCUGGCCGAACGGCAAUCGCGGGUUGCGCUGGAGGAAGCGUUCGAGAAGGAGGAAGAGGAAUCGCCGUCGACUAGUUACAGAUCCGAAGACGACCAAUUCGAUGAACUGCCUGCGGAAUUGCCCGCCACGAAGGAUGAAGAAACGGUGAAAGUGUGCCUGCGGCUACGGCCGUACUCCCAGAGCCACAACUGUAACCUGAAAAUCCGGGACAGCAGCACACUGGUCGUGAAAUGUGCCGGAGAAAACCAGCCCGGUGCCUCCUCUGAAAAGCACUUCACGUUUAGCAACGUUUUCGACGAUCACGUAUCGCAGGCGGAGGUGUACGAUUCCUGCAUCCGGCCAACGAUCCGGCUGACCUCGGGGGAACCGGGUGCUACCAUCCUGACAUACGGGACGUCCGGGUCGGGCAAAACGUACACCCUGCUGGGGAAUGCUGAGCAACCGGGUAUCGUGCCACGGUCGAUCGAGCAAAUUUACGAGGAGCUGCGGGGACACGUCUCGAGCGAACCGAUGUUGAAGAUGGAAGGCAUGCAACUGUGCCCGCUGAGCGACGGAGAGAUGAUAGAGGAAAAAUACAAAGUGGCCACCAUCAAGGACAUGCUGAGGUCUGAUUCGCACGAACAGAUUAGCCAAGUCAUUCAGAGUCAGCAGCAGUUCCAGCCACUGGAACUGGGCGAUAGGCGCGUAUUCAUAUGGAUUUCCUUCGUAGAGAUCUAUAAUGAGAACGUGUACGAUCUGUUGAAUUUGGAUGAAGCUUGCGCGAAGCGUAAACCAUUGAAGGUGCUGGCGAACGAGGGAAACGCGUACAUCAAGGGUCUUUCGACACUGUACGCCAGCACCAAAGAAGAGGCGUACAAUCUGCUCGAGUACGGGCUGCAGAGCGCAACGUAUGGCUCGACCGAUGUGAACUGCAACUCUAGUCGAUCGCACAGCAUCUUCACCAUGAACGUCAUUACGCACUCCUUAGCGAUGCAGCAGAUUUCGCAGUCCGUGUACAAGUUUUGUGAUUUGGCCGGAUCGGAGCGCCAAAAGAAGACCGGCACCAUGGCGAAUCGGCUGAAAGAGGCCCAGAAGAUCAAUAACUCGUUGCUGGUGCUUGGCCGCUGUCUUGAGACAGUGCACAGGAAUCAAAAACCGCGGAAAGUGCACGAUCUGGUGCCGGUGCGUGAUUCAAAAUUGACGAUGAUCAUUCAAUCGGCCUUGCUGGGCAAGGAACCGAUGACGAUGAUCGUCAAUGUGCAUCCCACCGAUGAGUUCUACGACGAGAACAUCAACGUGCUUAACUUUUCGUCCAUCGCCAAGCAAAUCGUGAUUCGCAAGCCAUCGAAGAUGCCAAACAACGGCGCGGAAAGCACACGGUACUCCUUCCUUCCUACAUCCGCGCCUGAUCUCCUGGUGCGCGAGAACGAAGCGUUAAAGCUAGAGGUCCAACAGUUGCGGGACCAGUUGGAGCAUAGCAAAAAAACACUUUUCAUUCAGGAGUAUCAACUGCGUAACGAGCUGACUGAUAACUUUAAGGUGCAGUUUGAUAAGAUGGAAGAUUCCUAUCAGCAGCGCAUCGAGAGUGCCAAACAGUUGGCCAUACUGCCGUACAAACAACAGCUGAUUGUGCUACAAAGAAAACUGGAAUCGAAGGAGCGAGAGAUACAGGAGCUGGAGGACGAACUGGAAGAGGAUGAAAACAAGCUGAAGGCCUACGAAGAAGAGAUAAACCUGCUUCGGCUAAGCAAGGGAAAGCGUCGAUUGUCCUUGUAA